CUUCAGCCUUGCGGGCCAGCUCGGGCAGGAACCAGGCUUCCAGUCCCGCCCCGCGGGUCCGCCCCACGCCGGGCGGGGCCUGGCCCGCCCUCACCCGCCCUCGCCGCCUAUGGCCACAGAGGCUAGGGCCCGAGCCACGCGCUGUAUCCCGGGCCAGGCCGGGGCUGGAUGGCGACGUGGAGGCGGGACGGCCGGCUAACCGGCAGCCAGCGGCUGCUAUGCGCUGGCCUGGCGGGCGCGCUCAGCCUCAGCCUCACCGCGCCCCUGGAGCUCGCCACCGUGCUGGCCCAGGUCGGCGGCGUGGCGCGAGGCCGCGCCCGGGGGCCGUGGGCCACAGGGCGCCGGGUGUGGAGGGCCGAGGGGCCCCGGGCCCUGUGGAAGGGGAACGCGGUGGCGUGCCUGCGCCUCUUCCCCUGUAGCAUCGUGCAGCUCGCCGCCUACCGCAAGUUUGUCGUGCUGUUCAUGGAUGAUCUAGGCCACAUUUCCCAGUGGAGCUCCAUCGUGGCUGGGAGUCUCGCAGGCAUGGUUUCCACCAUUGUGACAUAUCCUACAGACCUCAUCAAAACCCGGUUGAUGGUUCAGAAUAUGCUGGAGCCAUCUUACAAGGGGCUUCUCCAUGCCUUUUCUACUAUUUAUCAACAGGAAGGGUUCCUGGCCCUUUAUCGAGGGGUUUCCCUCACUGUUUUAGGUGCUCUCCCAUUCUCUGCUGGCUCCCUUCUGGUCUACAUGAACUUGGAGAAAAUUUGGAAUGGACCUCGCGAUCGGUUCUCGGUCAUCCAGAACUUUGCCAAUGUGUGCCUGGCUGCCAUGGUGACACAGACCCUCUCCUUUCCCUUUGACACUGUGAAGAGAAAGAUGCAGGCUCAGAGCCCCUGUCUUCCCCACCACGGAGGAGUAGAUGUCCAGUUCUCAGGAGCAGCGGACUGCUUUCGGCAGAUAGUGAAGGCCCAGGGCGUCCUGGGGCUCUGGAAUGGAUUGACAGCCAACUUGCUGAAGAUAGUCCCAUAUUUUGGAGUUAUGUUCAGCACCUUUGAGUUCUGCAAGAGAAUCUGUCUUUACCAAAAUGGUUACAUUGUGUCUCCUCUGAGCUAUAAAUUGACCCCAGGGGUAGACCAGAGCUUGAAGCCCCAAGAACUAAGGGAGUUAAAGAAGUUCUUCAAAACUGGAAACCUGAAGUCAAAAAAACCAACUCUGUAAAAGUGAUAUGGAACUGAAAGCGCACUGACUGAAGGCAUGUCACGAUCACAAGCAUAGCCUCUUGAGAUUGGUGCGGUGGCACAGUAUAUCAAGCCUCAGCCUGCAGUGCCAACAUCACACAUGCGCACCCAUUCAAGUCCUGGCUGCUCCACUUCUGAUCCUGCUUCCUGCUAAUGUGCCUCAAAUAUCAAUAGAAGAUGGCCCAAGUUGCUGGGCCCCUGCUACUCAUGUGUGAGAUCUGGCAGAGACUCCUGGCUUCUGACUUUAGACUGACGCAACUCUGGCUGUUGUACCCAUAUGGAAGUGAACCAGCAGAUGGAAGAUCUGUUUCCCCUUCUCUCUCUGUAACACUGCCUUUCAAAUAAAUAUCUAGAUCUUUAUAUAUACAGCCUCUAGCUGUGGACACACGGAGUGACUGGAAGGGAGCUCCCACCUGCGGCUCUUGCAGAGGAGUCUGACUUCAUUUCACCUCAGAGCUCCAAAUUGAUGCCACCUGUACCAUGGGGGCAGGGGAAGAGAGUCCUGCCACCAUGGGGGUCAAAAUGGCAUCCCACCAUAUUCCACAAUCAAAGUUUAACGGUAGAAAAUAUGCAAUGCAUGUUCUGCAUGAAAACAUGGCGCCAAAGGAAGAGCAUUGUUGGGACACUUCAGCCUGUGAACCUGUGUGGGAGACCUGGAUGGAGCUCUAAGCUCCUGGUUUUAGGCUGGCCCAGCCCUGGCCAUGUAUGUACAUACAUACAUUUAUAGAGGUUUUCAAUGUGUUGAAAAUAUUUUUCCAAUUAAACUGAUAUUCCAAAGAAAAAUAAUGUGUUACUCAUCU